AUGUCAAACAACAAUUCAAUUCGUCGUCAUCGACGCGUUGAUAAAGUAACGCCAAUACCAACCAUUGCUACUACUUCCACUCCUUUGCUACCUCUAUCACCUUCACCAACAAUUGCUGAAAACUUAAUUGUAGCAAAAAUGCUGGAUGAGCUUAAAACAUCAAUGAAGGAUCAAGAGCAUCUACUGUUAAAUAAAGAGAAAGAAAGUCCUAUCGUUAAAAAAUUGUUUGAGAAAAUAUUUGAUCGAUAUUCUGAUAUUAAAACAAUUUUGACCUUACCAGAAUUAUUGGCACCUGCCACUAAUUCAAGAGCAAAAGGAACUCCAAGACCCCAAAAUGGAUAUAUUCUAUUUCGUAAAGAUGUCUCAAAGGGGUUAUACAUGCUAAAUCAUAAAAAUGGUCUAAAAGGUUCAUGCAUGGACAAAAGAUCAAGGAAUGUAAAUUAUUCCUCUAAAAUUGCUGGUUUUCUUUGGAGAUCGGUGAAAUUAUCUCAACACGAACAUGGGUUUUGGAUGAUAUUAUGUCAAAUCGUUUGUUUAAAACAUUCGGAAACUUACGAAAAUUAUGUAUACCGUCCCAUUAGGAAAAAACCUAAUGAUAUUGACGGUAAUAGUUUUCCAGUCACUGAACUUCAAAAAUCUAAAAAUGUUGCAACUUUAGAGACAUCUCCUUCUUCAAAUCACCCGUCUCCAGUUUCAAUUCUUGAAUCGGAUAUCAACGAAACUCCAUCUUAUAAUGAUAAUUCUUUUGAACAAAGUCAAACGACAGAUUUUCACGCGUCCGAUAUGUCGUAUGUGGGUGGAAGACCAUCUACGAUCGUGACCAGUGAAAGUGCGCUAAUUACAAGACACAUUACGCGUUCAAUAACUGACCAAGGAAGGUUAAUCAAUCAACAACGAGCACAACAGGAACAUCAUAAAAUGAUCUCGCAAGAGGCCGAGGUACCAAUGAUAUCUCAAGGAACGGCACAAAUUCAACCAAGAAGGCGUAGCAAUGCGCAAUAUCCAUCUCCCACUAUCAUUAACCAACCGACCGAGAUAAUGACGCAGAAAAAUACUACGGCACAAUUCGAAUUCGCAACCGCUGCGCCACAAUUCGUCGAAACCACGGUUUUGCACUCUACUUAUGCAACUUACACAGCGAACUCUCAACAAACGAGAUUACCACAAUUUAUUGGUCCUUCAGACUUAACGUUAUCACAAAUCGAUCACUAUCUUUCCACGGGGCUAACGCAGCAAUAUUACCAACAAUUUGCAAAUCCGUAUGCGGUUACGCCCGAAAACGCCUUCGCUCCUAUGAUCCUACCACCACAACAAAUGAUAUUUCCUUCAACGCCAAUUAUGACAAUGGAAUCGCAACAAAAUACCAUUUCGGGAACAUCAUUUUCAAAUCACCAGCAACAUUAUUUACAAUAUCCGUCGUCUUUGACGGUUGGUGCUGAUCCCCAAUUCUGUUACCCACCACAUGACGAAUUGGUUUUUCUAAGCCAAAUAGACGGGUCGGGAAGCGAUCCGUUAUUAUUACACCAGUCUGAUUCAUAUGAAACUAGGGAAUAA